CCUCCACCGGCGCAGCGCGGUUUCUGGGGGUAGUUAUUGUGGCGCGGAGCCUGUGGACGGACGGCGCGCUGCUGCAGCGCCAACUUCUUCACUCGGAGAAGCGAUAAGAGCGGAAACAAUGGCCGAGCGGCGAGAGCGCGUCGCCGCGGAUCGGCACGGAGCUCGUGCGUGAGCGAGCGAACGCGCUGCGGCGUCCACCGAUCCGUCCCCAUGGACGCGCGGCUCGCGCACGGCGACAUGGAAAACGCGACGGUCGAAAACCCGAGCAAGGCGGCCGAGUACCUGAAGGAGCUCAACAACAUCAUCGAGACCCAGCAGGAGUUGCUGGAGAAGCAGAAGGGUCGCAUCGAUGAGCUCGAGGCUCAAGUGCACGAUCUGUGCGAGGAGAACGCGUGCCUGAAAGAGCAGCACCAGCGGCACCUGGCUACCUGCAGACUGCAGCAGCUCAGCUCCAUCAAAGAAAAUGUCAUGCAAGAGAAGACUGAGAGUGAAGCCUUGUGUGUCUCAAAUAUCAGACGACACACUUCUUUGCCCCCUGAAGUCACAGAAAACCAAGGAACCUAUAUUACUCCUCUUUGUCGAAGAAGUUACCCCUGCCGCAAAUGGAAGUCAGCUUCUUUCGGUGUGGAGGGUGAUGGUGCAGGCUGUGACGCAGGUGCGUCUCUGGAAAGCGGAUACUCUCGUGGGCCGGUGACGCGCAGCUCCAUCAUCAGCACCGAGCACUUCGAGGCACCGGCGCUUUAUGCACACGAGGUCCGACAGCGCCCACGUCGCUCCAAACUCCAACACUCACAAUCUAUCCUCCGCAAACAGGCUGAGGAGGAGGCCAUCAAACGCUCGCGCUCGCUGUCCGAGAGCUAUGAGCUCUCCACCGAUCUCCAGGACAAACAGGUGGAGAUGCUGGAGCGGAAGUACGGGGGACGUUUCAUAACUCGACAUGCGGCCCGGACCAUCCAGACAGCUUUCCGUCAGUAUCAGAUGAACAAGAAUUUCGAGCGCCUCAGGAGUUCUAUGUCUGAGAACCGCAUGUCCAGGCGCAUCGUCCUUUCCAAUAUGAGGAUGCAAUUUUCCUUCGAAGGACCUGAGAAAGUCCACAGCUCCUACUUCGAGGGCAAGCAGCUCUCCUUGAGCGACGAUGGCUCUAAGCUGGCACAAUCGGAGCAUGGCGACAUGGUACCCGUCAGCGUUAAGUCACAGGCGGGACAAAGCGACUUCACGGAUGCCAUCACCGAGCUGGAAGAUGCCUUCUCGAGGCAGGUGAAGUCGCUGGCUGAAUCGAUUGACGAUGCAUUGAACUGUCGCAGCUUGCAUGGGGAUGAUGGGCAAGAUGAAGGGCAACGCGGUCAUAGUGACCUGGAUCGGGAUAUCGCGUAUCAGGUCAUACCCUCACACAGUGGCGACCGGCGAAAGCUUGAUGAAAUGACAGCGUCAUAUAGUGACGUAACCCUCUAUAUUGAUGAGGAGGAAUUGUCCCCCCCGUUGCCACUCUCGCAGUCUGUAGUGGACAGAACGUCCUUGGAUCCAGAACUGCAGCUGCGUGCACUAAACUCCUCGCAGGACUAUUGGGUCCACAAAGAAGACAAGGGUGAUACAGACACUAGCUGUCACAGCACACCCUCUCUGGAGCGCCAGGAGCAGAGGCUUAGAAUGGACCACCUCCCUUUGCUCACCAUUGAACCCCCCAGCGACAGUUCGGUGGAGCUGAGUGAUCGUUCUGAGCGCAGUUCCCUAAAACGGCAGAAUGCCUAUGAAAGGGGGGGGCCUAGCCAGCAGGGCAGCCCCAAGCGACACCCCUCUCAUUCCUCCCAUCCCUCCCAUCCUUCCAUCUCUCGAAGAGAUGAUGAUGUUCCCCGGCAUCGAUCAAGGCAGAUAGAGAGCCACCUGGCCAUCAAUGGCACAGCCAACAGGCAGAGCAAAUCGGAGUCUGAUUUCUCAGACGGUGACAACGACAGCGUAAACAGCACUUCGAACUCUAAUGACACAAUCAACUGCAGUUCAGAGUCGUCAUCACGGGACAGUCUACGUGAACAGACUCUCAGCAAGCAGACGUACCACAAGGAGACGCGUAACAGCUGGGACUCACCAGCCUUCAGCAAUGACGUCAUCCGCAAGCGUCACUACCGCAUUGGCCUCAACCUCUUUAACAAAAAGCCGGAAAAAGGUAUCCAGUAUCUGAUCGAGCGAGGGUUUGUUCCGGACACCCCCGUGGGUGUGGCUCACUUCUUGUUACAAAGGAAGGGGUUAAGUCGGCAGAUGAUCGGAGAGUUCCUGGGCAACAGACAGAAGCAGUUCAACCGAGAUGUCCUGGACUGUGUGGUGGACGAGAUGGACUUCUCUAGCAUGGAGCUGGAUGAAGCCCUGAGAAAGUUCCAGGCUCAUAUCCGGGUUCAAGGGGAAGCACAGAAAGUGGAGCGGCUUAUCGAAGCUUACAGCCAGCGUUACUGCAUCUGCAACCCCAGCGUCGUGAGACAGUUCCGCAACCCAGACACGAUCUUCAUCCUGGCGUUUGCCAUCAUCCUACUCAACACAGACAUGUACAGCCCUAAUGUAAAACCAGAAAGGAAGAUGAAGCUGGAGGACUUUGUGAAAAAUCUACGAGGGGUUGAUGAUGGUGAAGACAUCCCUCGUGAGAUGCUGAUCGGUAUUUACGAGCGGAUCAGGAAACGGGAGCUGAAAACGAAUGAAGACCAUGUGUCCCAAGUGCAAAAAGUGGAGAAGCUCAUCGUUGGGAAGAAGCCAAUUGGCUCACUCCACCAUGGCCUUGGAUGUGUGCUGUCCUUACCACAUCGCAGACUAGUGUGUUACUGCCGGCUGUUUGAGGUUCCAGAUCCCAACAAGCCACAGAAACUCGGCCUUCACCAGAGAGAGAUCUUCCUCUUUAAUGACCUUCUGGUGGUCACCAAGAUUUUCCAGAAGAAGAAAAACUCUGUCACAUACAGUUUCAGGCAGUCCUUCUCUCUGUAUGGCAUGCAGGUGCUUCUCUUCGAAAACCAGUUUUAUCCCAACGGUGUGCGGCUCACAUCAGCCAUCCCCGGCGCCGAUAUCAAAGUGCUGAUCAACUUUAACGCACCCAACCCGCAGGACCGCAAGAAGUUUACAGACGACCUGCGGGAGUCCAUCGCCGAGGUGCAGGAGAUGGAGAAAUACAGGAUCGAGUCUGAGCUGGAAAAGCAGAAAGGUGUGGUGCGGCCUAGUAUCUCGCAGACCCCUGGUCUGAAAAAGGAGACCGGUAACGGCAACCUGAGCCGAGCCAGUCUGGAUGACAGCUACACCAUUGGGGAGGGUCUGAAGAGAAGCGCCCUCAGCAGCUCCUUACGGGACCUUUCAGAUGCAGGCAAACGAGGCCGCCGCAGCAGUGCAGGAUCUCUAGACAGCAAUAUGGAUGGCUCCAUCAUUAGCAGCCCGCACAUGAGGCGCCGUGCUGCCUCCAGUCGUGACUGCCCCUCACGCCAGCACUCAAUGCCCAGCUCAUCCUCACUGCUUGGCUCAUUGUUCGGCACCAAGCGGGGCGCCAAGUCACCAACCCUGCCCCCGCAGCCCCCUCAUCCAUCCCACCCCACACUGAUCUCUCACACGCCGCAUCCGUCCAACCUGCACCACACAGCUCGCGAGGUAACAAACCUAAGCGAAACGCAUCCGCCACACCACGCUCAGUACUGCCACGUUCAACAGAACCCUCCUCCGUACCACCACCAUCACCACUACCACCCACCCGCACACAUCCAGUACCACCCCUCUUCCGCAGCCGCUUCUUCCUCCCAUGGCCAUUCACAUGCACCGCACACCCACGGGCCACACGCUCAGCAUCCGUCCCACCCUUCCCACCUACAGCACCACCACAGCCAGGGCCCGCCCCCAGCAGCCGGCCCAGGCAGCGCGAAGCCCAAACACAGCGGCAUCAGCACUGUGGUGUGAGGGACUGAGACUGGGACUGGGACUGACUUUCCAGAGGCACCUUGGCAGAUUUGCUCUAAAGCUGGCAUGUGGACGACUGUGGCCCAGGAACCAUGGGGAAUAAAAAGAGAAGAAAAAAAAAUGAAAAAAAGAAAGAAAAAAAAGGCAUUGUGACUCAUUUUCAUUUCAUUUAGAUCCCCUUCUUCUCGGAAGCGAAAGGGGACGCACACUGUGUAGCACUGGCUUUCUCUUCCAGGCUUUCAGAGGGCUGCUAGACCCUGUGGGUUUCCCACCUUCAUUUCCACAUUUCCUGCACAUCACCUUUCAACUGCUUUUUUUUUUUCUUCUUCUCAUUAUGGUUAAAUCAUUCUUCUUCAUUUUUUAACUUCCCAUCUGGACGUCUGUCCGGCUUUCAUGAUAUAUGGCAAUGCCGAGCAUGCACAAAGACCAUAGCUACUGUUUUAUCGUGUAAUUAAUUGCUUACGGAGCACUAUAAAAUACCCUGCUUGCAAGUUAGCAGAACCAGUUUUCAGUAGAAUGAUAAUGCCUAGAAGUGGAGAGUUUAAAUACCAACGGUCAACAGUCUAGCCAUGUAUAAAGUCACUCACAACGACGUACGUGUUCCAGUAUUUAAAUGUAGCUGUAGACCACAGUUCUCUGUGAUAUAGUAUAGCAGUCUUUAAUGUGCCAAUUAUUCAAAAAGCAGUUACUGAGUUAGUAAGAAAUGCUUUGUGUAUGUCGUGCAUAUACUAUUUUGUAAAAUAAUAUCGCCGAUCAAUAUUACUGUUAAAGAGCAAAACUCGUCCGAGGUGUGAGAUAUAAAAAGAAUCUCAGUACGUAUUACACUCUUGAAGUAGAAGAUCUAGUUUCACUGUUAUACAACUCGGUCCAACACUUUCGAUUAGGCGAGUGACCUGAAACUCCUCUGGUUGCCUUCGAAGCAAAACUCUGGAAGAUUCCCGAACAAACACUGAAGAGAAUCUUCUGUUCCGGCAGAACUGUGUUUACCGCACUCAUCUGCUCAUCCCUGAACACUCAGGAGGCAGAAGAGCAGGAGGAAGGAGCUAGUUAAUGCAGGAAUCCUCCUUAGGCCGAGACUCAUCGGUCUUGGCCACUUAGUGCACCAUGGUUUUAUUUUUUUAGCUAUUUUUUUAGGGAUGAAUAAAAAAAGAAAAGAUAUGAUGUACCUGUACAUUUAAAGAUGAUAAUGAUCAAUCAGAUUUGACCAACGGGGUAUUUUGGGGUAAAAAACAAAACAAACAAAUAAAAAAAACAUGCUUUGCUCUAGGAGACUGAUUUUAAGGAGGGAGGCUACAUUUCAAAGAGACUUAACUCUUUCCACAUAUUUCGAGAGCGCUCUCCUGGGUUCUUGCUGUGCUAUUUGUGUUCUCAGCGGGCUGAGUGAGUGUGUGCCCCUUCUGCUGUCUGUGGUUCUGCAUGCAGCGUAACCCGAAACAGGCUUU